CUUUUUCACUCUCUCUCUCAUCAAAACUCCAAAAAGCAGCUCUGUGUGGUUCUCUCACUUUCUCUCUCUAUCGUUGUAUCGUUUGGCGUCUCAUCCGUUUAGCGAUUUUGCCCUUCUUUCUCUUCUUCUAUUGAUCCAGUUCAUCACUGUAACCAUGAGUGACCAAGGAGAAAAGACAUGUCCUCUCUGUGCUGAAGAGAUGGAUAUGACAGAUCAGCAGUUGAGGCCUUGCAAGUGUGGCUAUCAGGUAUGCGUAUGGUGUUGGCAUCACAUAAUGGAAAUGGCUGAGAAGGAUGAGACAGAAGGGCGGUGUCCUGCUUGCCGCAGUCCAUAUAAUAAGGAAAAGAUUGUUGGCACGGCAGCAAAUUGUGAAAAGAUGGUGAGCUCGGAGAAGAAAUUGACAUCUCGAAAGGGUAAAAGUAAAACAGCUGAUUCGAGAAAGCAACUUAGCAGUGUGCGCGUUGUUCAAAGGAAUCUUGUCUACAUUGUUGGUUUGCCUCUCAGUUUAGCUGAUGAAGAUCAGCUUCUGCAGCGGAAAGAAUAUUUCGCGCAGUAUGGGAAGGUUCUGAAGGUGUCUAUGUCUCGAACAGCUGCUGGUGCCAUUCAACAGUUCACAAAUAAUACAUGCAGUGUAUAUAUUACCUAUUCAAAGGAGGAGGAAGCAGUCCGUUGUAUUCAGGCCGUACAUGGAUUUAAUUUGGACGGUCGACCUCUAAGAGCGUGCUUUGGAACAACAAAAUACUGUCAUGCUUGGUUGAGGAGUGUGCCCUGCACCAAUCCUGAUUGUUUAUACUUGCACGAGAUUGGAUCGCAAGAAGAUAGCUUUACUAAGGAUGAAGUAAUAUCGGCUUACACAAGGAGUAGGGUUCAACAAAUUACUGGUGCCAUUACUAGUAUGCAACGGAGAUCAGGGAGUGUUUUACCACCAGCGGCAGACGAUUACUGCAAUGACAGCUCUGUUUCUGCAGGAAAACCUUUUAGUAAAACUGCUACAAAUAAUUCAGCAACCAAUGCGAGAGGCUCUCCACCAAAUAGCAGCCCUGGUAGAUCAGCUGCUCUUCCUGCUGGCGCUUUGUGGGGAACGCGUGCAUUAAAUAACCAACUGCCACCUGCCAGUGCACCAAGUUCUAAUGGACUGCCGCCUGCCAGUGCACCAAGUUCUAAUGGACUGCCGCCUGCCAGCGCACCAAGUUCUAAUGGACUGCCGCCUGCCAGUGCACCAAGUUCUAAUGGACUGCCGCCUGCCAGUGCACCAAGUUCUAGUGGACCUCUUAAACAGAAGGCUGAAAUAUGUAGCCCACUUACAUGCUCCACAGUUGUUGCCAAUAAUAGUCAGGUCUUGUCAUUGCCUGCCGAAGCAGGAAAGAAAGCUAUUCAUAGCAAAGAAAGUGGCAUUAGUCAAGAGAAACGUAAAAUAGACAUGUUAGAACCUGUUAAACAGUCUGUAGGAGCAGAUGAUGCAACCUAUAGUUCUGAAAAACCCGAUAUAGCCAUACGUCCUGCUUCUUCAUUUAUGAACAGUCAGUUUGAUAUCACCCCGUCUUUGAAGGACACAGAUAUACAUUUGAUCACAUCAUCCAGUGCUACAAAUACCUUUGAUCUUCCUUUGAUGUCCAAUGUACCUAGUUUACCAAAAGAUCCCUAUGAUGCCACAGAUGUUGAGGAGAAUGUAUGCUCAGAUUUUUCAUCAUUUAGCAUUGAUAAACAACAAAAGUCACAUGCUACCUAUGAGAAAUCAAGGGAGCUGUCGCCUUCUCAGACGAAUGGGAAAUCUGUGAUUUCUGCAGAUGAUGUUAUUAUCUCAAGACAAACGUCUGAUUUGAGACUGGAAACACAGGAUCAAGGAAUACAAGACACAACUCCUGAAAUGGAGGAUGAUUUGCUAUCUUUCAAUGCACAGAGACAUAGGGACCCUGAAGUAAUUUUAGAGAAAAGCCACUCAUCAAGUCCUUCCAUCUCUUUACACUCUUCAGGGCAGCUCAAGGGUUAUUCUUCGCAGUUUGCCAAUGGGGUUGGACCUAUUAGAGCCAACAUGCAAACUUUUGAUCAGAGAGUUGAUUCAGUAUUACAGCCUUCUAGUAUUGGAGAACUUCCUAAUGGAUACCCUGAAAAUCCAUUCAGUUGUGCAGGUAAAUAUUUGGGAAGCACUGAUGACACUUAUUAUUUGUCUAAUGAAAGUAAGAGGAUGCACUUGAAUAGGUUUGAAGGUGAAACUGCUACUGCGGAUCAUAGUACUAAUGCAGAUAGGGGAGAGAACAAUAUAAUAUCUAAUAUUUUGUCUAUGGAUUUCGACCCAUGGAAUGAGUCAUUAGCCUCUCAGAACUUGGUUAAGUUGUUGGGAGAAACUGAUAACCAACAAGGGUCUAGAGUAUCAAACUCAAGAAAAGUACAGAGCAGCAAUCAAUCAAGGUUCUCUUUUGCAAGGGAGGAAGAACCCAUGAAUGCAUCUACUGAUUCUCGUCCAUCUUUAAGUUACAUUGACAGAAGUUAUAGUCAUCGCCCUCUUGAUCAAGAUUUUCAAAAUAGCAGAAGUUAUCAGCUUGAUGGUUUUGGUACUCGCAAUGGUUUCUCACUAUUUAAUAAUCAGGAAUCUAAUGGUUUUACCAACAAUUAUUCUCACCUCUCCUCUAAUAAGCAAUCAGUGUCGAGAUCUCAGAUGACUGCGCCUCCAGGGUUUUCAGCACCAAAUAGGGCCCCACCCCCAGGCUUUGCAUAUGAGAAAAUGGAACAUAAUUUUGCUUCUCUCUCUGGUACCCACAUGCUUGAUACCACCUCCUUACUGCGCAAUGAAUAUCCAUCAAUUGGCAAUGUCAACAAUGGGGACAUUGAGUUUAUGGAUCCUGCAAUCUUGGCAGUUGGUAAAGGCAGGGUUCAAAAUGGCCUUAAUGGCUCAAGUCUAGACAUGUCUCCAAGUUUUCCUCCACAGCCAAGUGGUUUUGAAAAUGAGGCAAGACUUCAGUUUCUCAUGCAAAGAUCUCUCUCUCUGCAUCAGAAUCAGAGAUACACUGAUAAUAGGGAUAACUUUUUCAAUGAUGCUUAUGGAAUUUCUUCGAGGGUUGUGGAACAAACUCUGGCCAACAAUCUUUCCCCAUUUUCACAACUGAAUCUUCCCCAGGGUAGGAAUUCUGUGAUGUCAAAUGGCCAGUGGGAUGGCUGGAAUGGUGGGGUCCCAAGCGGAAAUGACAUGGGCAUGGCUGAACUCCUCCGAAAUGAAAGGCUGGGCUAUAACAAGCUCUUUAAUGGAUAUGAGGAACCAAAGUUCCGCAUGUCCAAUUCAGGCGAACUGUAUAACAGAACAUUCGGGAUAUAGAUGUGCGUCUGGGAUUUGUUCAGCUUGUUGAGCACAGUUGUGGGAGAAACAAUGAAUUAGAAAAAUCAUGUGUGACUAGCAGACGUGCUUGAGAUGAUCAAAGAUACAAUGAUGCUCAAAUUGUGGUAAUAACUCAAGGAUAGCUGUGAGGGAAUAUGAUCGAUUUGCCUUUCUAGAAGGAAGCUUGAUCAUGACUGUCUGAAUACUGCUUUCUGAUUGGUGAAGGAUGAAAUCCUCGAAAACAGGAUGUCCAUAAACCAACAGGUGAAAGCUGCUGAGUUCUUCGGGGCUCCACAAUUGUUUAGACAGGAAACCUUGCAUGAUUUAGUUGGCAGGCGACGUGGGAGUGGAGAAUCAGGUUAUCACACACAUUACUGGAGGCGUUGAGACACACAGCUCGUUUUUCUGAGCUUGCCUGCAAUAAUGCAAAUAGUAAAAGCUGAUACAAGUUAUAGAAAUAUAUAUCUGUUUAUACCGAACUUUCUCCUAAUUAUUUUUGGAAAAAAUGAAAUUGCUGCGUUAGCGGUGAAACAUCAUGGACAAGAUUAGUUGUGUUGUGUGGAGCCUGAUAUCUUGUUUCUUGACAAAACUGGGUGCUAUGAAAGAAA